AUGAAGCCAAAACCCCCAAUUAUCAAAGCCAAAAUCCCCCUAACCAUCUUCGGCCUCCCCUUCUCCACCGCCUCGGUCGCCGAUGGCGACCGCGACGAGCUCUGCAUCAGCUUCAGCGGCGGGCUCGGGUUGGGUUCGAUGCUUAAAUUCAGUUACAGGCCGAACGACCCCGGCCGCACGUUCGGCAUGUCCCUGAAGACCGGCGCCGGGAUACUCGGUUCCGUGACGGCGGAAUUCGGCUCCGUCGGCGGCGGAAGCCCCGGAUUUCUGCUUCACUUCAAGUCCAGAUCUGGAGAUUUUUCCGUUCGGAGGUCAGUGGAGGGACCGAUUAUCGAUUUAUCUGUAUGUAGAUCCGAGUUUCCGAGGAUCCAAAACGCUGUCGUUUUGGGGGAGGAGAUGGGUUGGGACCGGCUGUUUUCCGGAGCGUGCGGGGCAUUAAGUGGUGGUGAGGUCCGGGCGAGGACUUCGGUGAUAGUUAGUCGAGCGGCGGUGAGGCUAGGGUGGAGCGUGAGGUUCCCGACGCCGCCGCCGGGCGACGGCGGCGGCUCUGGAGCUGGGUGCCAGCUGAAGGAGAUGCCGCAUUUAGUCCUCCGGCAGAUAGCCAUCGAGCACACGGCGGCGGACGCGGCGGUGAAGGGGGAAAAGUGCGCUUCUGAAUCGGAAGGGAAUGACGUGUCAGGGCAGCGUUUGGGAUUGACGCGCGAGAAUCAGCUAGUGAAGUCGGGGCGGGGAAUGAGAUAG